CUUAAGUGAUUGGUUGUUGCACGUGUCACUCCAGUGCCCCAAGUCCGCCAUUGCCUGGUUUCCCUCAGAGAGCGUCACGCCGCCAAAGUGCGAGCUAGGCGGUGUUUCUCACCGACUGUUGUCCUCGACAAUUUACGGAGGCCCUACGAUGGCGGCGGCUGCGGAAGGGGCAGUUGUGACCGCGGAGAGUGAAUCGGGUGCCGACAGCAACGGCGAGUCGCGUGAAGUCGAAGGAGGAGUGGGGGCGUCAGGUGAAGAGGAUCCGGCCACCAAAGCCGCGGAGGCCGCGGGGGACAGCGAGGAGGACGGGGAGGACGUGUUCGAGGUGGAACGGAUCCUGGACAUGAAGACCGACGCGGGAAGAAUCCUGUAUAAAGUUCGUUGGAAAGGAUAUACAUCAGAUGAUGAUACCUGGGAGCCAGAAAUUCAUCUGGAGGACUGUAAAGAAGUUCUUCUUGAAUUUAGGAAGAAAGUUGCAGAGAACAAAGCCAAAGCAGUAAAGAAGGAUAUUCAGAAACUGUCCUUAAACAAUGACAUAUUUGAGGCAAACUCUGAUAGUGAUCAGCAAAGUGAGGCAAAAGAAGGUACUUCCCCAAGAAAGAAGAAGAAAAAAUUAAGACAGAAAGAAGAGAAAAGCCCAGAUGAUCUGAAAAAGAAGAAAGCAAAGACUGGGAAACUAAAAGAUAAGUCCAAAUCGGAGCUGGACAGCUCCUCUGAAAGUUUGGUUUUUGAUUUAAGGACAAAGAAAAGAAUUUUAGAAGCCAAAGAAGAAUUAAAAGAUGCCAAAAAGCCCAAAAAGGAUGAAAUAAAAGAAACUAAGGAAUUAAAGAAAGUUAAAAAGGCUGAAAUAAGAGAUUUAAAGGGUAAAAUAAGAGAAGAUACCAAAGAAAACAGAAAAACAAGAAAAGAGAAAUAUGUUGAAUCUCAGCUAGAGUUUGAGUCAAGUGUACUUAAUGAUUCCCCUCUUCAGGAAGAUAACAGUGAAGACUUAAAAUCUGACAACAGAGAAGAGAAACAAAAAAUUAAAAGCCCAAAAGAUAAAAUAGGUGAGGAUGCAGUGCAAGAGAAGCUUUCUGACAGACAGCUGGAUGACACUGGGAGUGCUGAUGAAGGUGCUGGCAGCAAGGCCAAGAGGAGGAAAAAGAAGCUGAGGAAGAGUGAAGAGCCGAAAGAGGGCACGAAGCUAGAAAGCGAGAAUGCUUUUUCAGAGAGGAAAACUCUACCUAAAAAGCAAAGGAAUCGAGACAGAGGCAGGAAUAACACAGAGUCAGAUAAGCCGUUCCCACCGACAUCUGUCCCAUCACAGAAGAGUUCCAGGUCAGCGGGGGAAGAGCGAGGCCUCCGCUCAUCAGACUCAGCUGAGGAGGAGAAAGAGAUAAAAAAAAAUGAACCCAAAGAGAAAUAUCAGAAAAGGUGUGAUUCAGAAAAGGAAGAAAAGGGCCGAAAAGAACCAAAAGGAUUAAAGACAUUUAAGGAAAUCAGAAAUGCAUUUGAUUUAUUUAAAAAAACUACAGAAGAAAAAAAUGAUGCUCCUGAGAAUAAUUGGAAAAAAGAAGAAAUACUGGAUUGUAAAACCGCAGAAGAUCAGAAAACCAAGGAAAACAAGUACUCAUGUAAAGAAAGGAGAACUACAAGAGAUGAAACUGACACUUGGGUGCACAUUGCUGCAGAAGACGAGCAGGAGGGUUUGGACAGUGUGUGUCCAACAGAUGAGAGUUUGGAUGGCAGGCAACAGAUUUUGAGUUUGGGCAUGGACCUCCAGCUGGAAUGGAUGAAAUUAGAAGAUUUUCAAAGGCACCUUGAUGGGGAAGAUGAGACUUUUGCCACAGCAGAUGCAAUUCCAAGUCAUUUAUUGAGGGAUGCUGUGAAAAAUGGGGAUUAUAUUUCUGUAAAGGUUGCACUUAAUUCAAAUGAAGAGUACAACUUGGACCAAGAGGAUUCCAGUGGGAUGACACUAGUGAUGCUUGCUGCAGCGGGAGGGCAGGAUGACCUCCUGCGACUCCUCAUCACCAAAGGCGCAAAAGUGAACGGGCAGCAAAAGAAUGGGACUACAGCCCUCAUCCACGCUGCUGAGAAGAACUUUUUAACCACAGUGGCUAUUCUCUUGGAAGCGGGAGCUUUUGUGAAUGUCCAGCAGAGCAAUGGUGAGACUGCGCUGAUGAAGGCCUGUAAAAGAGGAAAUUCGGACAUUGUUCGGCUUGUAAUCGAAUAUGGAGCUGAUUGUAACAUUUUGUCAAAGCACCAGAAUAGCGCACUGCAUUUUGCAAAGCAGUGUAACAAUGUGCUAGUAUAUGACUUGCUGAAGAGCCACUUGGAGACGCUUUCGAGAGUGGCUGAAGAGACAAUCCGAGAUUACUUUGAAGCUCGCCUUGUUCUGCUGGAACCUGUUUUCCCAAUAGCAUGUCAUCGACUCUGUGAGGGGCCAGAUUUCUCAACAGAUUUCAGUUACAAACUUCCACAGAACAUGCCAGAAGGUAAGCCUGUUUUUACCCUGAAGCUGCUCAGUUUGAAGGAUACACUGUAA